UCUCAUUCAUCAGCCACCUCAGCAGUUUACCAAUAAUACAUUUUGAACUGCUUAACCUCUUCUGGAUUGAAGACCACUCAUAAUACAGACAAAUAAUUUUCACAAAAGCGGCUGUGUAUUUAUUUAUUUAUUUAUUUAUUUUUAUCCCAAAGGAGAAGUUGUGAGGACAUGAUAAUGGUGUAAAUAAGAAAGUGGGCAGAGCACCACAUCUCCGCCCCUGCUCCGCUGAGAGCAGGUCAUGCGGCUGCUGUGGCCUCCAGUGUUUUGAUUCUCCGCCACUCGGACGCUGACAGGCAGGGUGGACAUGUUGCACUUCGAGGAGUCCAUGUAGCUCUUCCAGUCAGUUUGCGCUGAAGUAAAACAGGAGGACUCGCUGGGGGACCCGGUGGCUGGCAGCGUUAUUCGGUUUCCUCCGUAGGACAUGGAGAUGACGGCGGAGGGAGAAGCGGAGGAACGCAGGAAGGAGCACUGGAAGCUGCUGUCCAGCCUGAAGACCACAGUGGAGGGAUUGGUGUCCACCAACAACCCCAACGUGUGGUCACGUUAUGGUGGCCUGCAGCGGCUGCACAAGGACAUGAACAACAUCCUCAGCCACGGACUGAAGAAUGAGCAGGUGUACUACAAGCAAAAAGACUACUGGCCAUUUGUCUGGUGUGUUCGCUACAUCAGCCCUCACCUCGCCACGCAUGUUGAACAGUUCAGUCACCUGGAGCCAGUACUAAGCAGUGGGAUGCAGAGUGCUGGUGAAAGCUACAAGGCCGAGCGCUGGCUGCUCCACAGCUUACAGGUGCACAUGCUCUCAGCCCAGCUCCGCCCCCUGCUCAGGCAUCUGGGACAUACACGCAAGUACUAUAACGAGGAGGCCUUUCUGCUUAGCGAGCCCCACGUGACGGCCAUGUUUCAGUGUCUGGAGGCUGUGGAGCAGAAUAACCCCCGACUGCUGGCCUUGGUAGACACUGUUGGGUUAUCUCCACUGAAGGGCUCGUGUCUUGGCCUGUUGAAGAGCCAGAGUCUGUGUGUGCUGCCGGGGGCCGGUGGGGUCUGGAGGAGCACGGAGUCGGCUCUCAGAGGGGAGGCUCUGCACCGCCGCCUUACUGCCUCCAACUGCUCCCUCCAAGACGCAGAUGCCACCAGUCCCAGCACUGGCACAGCUAUGGGAGUUGGCUCCCAAAAUGGCAGCAACACUGCCUCAUCUACCUCUCCUGGAGACACUACCUCUCCAGCAAGCAGCCUGGGAGCCCCCUGGGUGUGUGUGUCCAGGCCAGGGGAGAGCGAGCGGGGCGUGACACCCCCUCCUGGGCCUGCGGCGGUCCCACGCAUCUCCCUGACGGAGUCCCCCUCAUCCACCUCCCCUCACCCCGAGGCCGGUGACUCUGGCGAGGGCGACUACGACGAUGGUCCAGAGUACCUGGCCAUCGGCAACCUGGGGCAACGCAGUCGCCGUGACUCCCGAAGCUCCACCCCCAGCAUUGAGCGGAAUGAGACCCAUGACCAGUCCGUGGGGCGGAGUUCACUGGUCGCCCCUCCUCCUAGACGCUCCUCCUUCUCUGAGGGCCAAAAGGUGCCGGGCAGGGGAACCCAUGGCCACACCCGCUCUUUUUCUGACACAGGGGUCAAUCAGAAACACAGGCACGAAUCGGCAGGCGAUGAUUGCUGUAUGAAGGACUACAGCCCCUUUUCACCUCAAAGCAGCGAUGCCAGCACCCCCAGUUCACUCUACAUGGAAUCAAACGGGUCCCAGUACAACAGUGUUCCAGAUGGGAUGUUCAGGAAGCCCUCGGAGGGCCAAAGCCUCAUCAGCUACCUGUCGGAGCAGGACUUUGGCAGCUGCGCUGACCUUGAAAAGGAGAAUGCUCAUUUCAGCAUUUCGGAGUCCCUGAUCGCAGCUAUCGAGCUGAUGAAAUGUAACAUGCGGCGUCGGGAGGAGGAGGGCGAGGAGGAGGGCGACAGCGACUGUGAGAUCCAGCAGCUCAAGCAGAAGAUUCGCCUACGGAGGCAACAGAUCCGCCGCAGCCGCCUGCCGCCCUGCUCAUCCUCACAGCACAUUUUCCACUCCACAGACAGCGGAGGUUCCAGGAGGAGCUCCCAGGACUCCUACCAGGGACUGUCUGACUCUGGCUCAGCUGAGGAGGUGGAGGAGUGCGAACUGAGAGAUGGCUGUGAGGGCCAGUCCCUGCUGGCGGUGUCUCAGAGCGGCCUCUCCUUGUCGCUUGCCUCACUCUUCUCAGAUGCCGACAUAAAGCGCAGUGCUACCUCCAGCAGCAAGUCAUUUCUCAGCUCAGACUCUAUCUCCCCCUCCUUCCUCCAGUCUAACUCAGCUGAGUCGGUUGCCAUGGGUUUGCUCAGGCAGUUUGAAGGCAUGCAGCUUCCGGCUGCCUCGGAGCUCGACUGGCUGGUCCCAGAGCAUGACGCUCCACAGAAGCUGCUGCCUAUUCCUGACUCCCUGCCCAUCUCACCUGACGAUGGUGAACACGCAGACAUCUAUAAACUGAGGAUCCGGGUGCGAGGAAACCUGGAGUGGGCCCCGCCCCGGCCACAGAUAAUCUUCAACAUUCACCCCGCCCCCAAGAGGAAGAUAGUGGUGGCUAAACAGAACUAUCGCUGCGCUGGCUGUGGCACCCGAAUCGACCCAGACUACAUCAAGCGACUGCGUUACUGUGAAUACCUCGGGCGCUACUUCUGCCAGUGCUGCCAUGAGAACGCCCAGGCGGUGGUUCCUGGCCGUGUGCUGAGGAAGUGGGACUUCAGCAAGUACUAUGUCAGCAACUUUGCCCGGGACCUGCUGAGCAAGAUUGCCGGAGACCCCCUGUUCAACCCCAAUGACAUCAACAGCGGCCUGUACAAGAAGAACAAAGCCCUGGAGACAGUCAGGGUGUUGAGAGUGCAGUUGUUCCACAUGAAAAACCUCUUCAAGACCUGUCGUCUGGCUAAAGACGUGCUGGACCAGUUUGACAGCCUGCCGGGUCACCUGACUGAAGACCUUCACCUCUUCUCCCUAAAUGACCUCACUGCUGUGCGCAACGGAGAACUGGCUCCCCGCAUGAAAGAGCUGCUUAAACUUGGUUCCAUGCACGUAGCUGGCUGUGUGCUGUGCCAGGCCAAGGGCUUUGUGUGCGAGUUCUGCGGCAAUGACAAAGACAUCGUCUUCCCUUUUCAGCUGAACAAGUGCCAGCGCUGCGAAGAGUGCCACGCCUGUUACCAUCGCAGCUGUUUCCGGGCGGGUAGAGACUGUCCUCGGUGCCAGCGGCUGGCAGAGCGGAGGGAGAGGAUGGCGCGCAAAAACAUGGAGGAACAAGAAGACGAGGGAGGUGGCAGCUAGCGCCAGAAAAACUGAGAUCAAAGAAGAAGAGCACAACGCGACCAUGAUUGUAGUGACUGACCUCUUCCCUUUCCCCUCAGUUCCUCCCAGUGCUGGGUUAAAAUACUGGCUAGAUUGUUGGUGGUGUGCCAGAUGGGUGCGCUUUACCGCAUCAGGACACCUGCGAUCGUAUCGCAUGAGUUGCCACUCAGGAAAGUUCUCUUGAGUUCCUCAUACUUUGCUAUGAUUGUCUAAACUUUGUGUCACUCGUUUCAUUGUCCUGCACGGUAAAACCAGCACAUCUGACACCAAAGGAAACCAAAACAAAAUGUUCAGAUGCAUUUGCCAAUACUGUUCAACCCAGGUCUGAUUCCUCUCCUAUACAAGUGCAGCUUCCGGCAAAUCGCUUUAACUCUGGUGACUUUUACAGGCUACUGGCUUAGCUGAAGUGUCCGUUUGUUUUUCUUGACCUAAAAUGGCAGGAUUUUAUAAAUCAAAUGUGUAAGACUUUUUAAUGAUUUUGGUUAAUUCUCACUGCAAAGUAAUCCUGCCCUUUAUGUCGAGAGGUUCUUAUUUUAAUGCCGAAGUGUUGAAGAUAUUUAACUAAUCUCUUUAUUUACCCCUGAUUGUCCUAUUUUAAGCUGUUUUAGCCAAGCUUAUGUGCCUCUGGGACCAAUGUGCUUGAACUGGCAGAGCUAGUGGGGCCACAUUGGAAAGAAGAGACGGGCAGGACUGGAAUUGAGAAAGAAAGGGGGUUUGAGUCAGUGUGUGAAUUUGUUUUAGAUGAGACAGCAGAGGCUCCAUGUUUGUGCUGCUUUGUGUGCGUGUGGGCUCCUAAAAAGAUUUGAAUGGAUAUACUUAGUAUUACAGUGUGUGUGUGUGAGUGUGAGUGUGUAUGUGUGCGUGCACGCGUGCAAACACGUCUCUUCCUGCUGUACAUGCAGCCAUGCGCAAAUGUUUUGCACAAAUCUAAUUGGCCCUAACCUAUCUCUAAAUGUCUUUUAUUUCUGUUGUUGAAGAGUAGCAAGUCUGACGUUUACUUAUUUAAUUGCACUGAUCUUAUUGUGUUGUUUUGUUUGUCAGAUGGGCAAGUUGAGACGUCACUUUCUGGGGCUUUUUUUCAUGUUCAUUGUUCGAACACGGGCUUUCACUUCUCAUCGUUCCUGUUACUGCUUUUGUGAAGCUCCUGUCACCUGGGCUGCACUCCUAUAUGAAGAGAUUUAUUCCAAAAUUAGAGAUUCACCAAAACCAAACCAAACAAAACAAAAAAGCAUAAGAGGUCUACCCUUUUUUGAUUGCUGGUCUACCAGCAAAAUAUAUUGUGGGUUACUGUUAAGUCAUGGUUUGACUUCAUAAAGAACUUAAGUUAGAAUUUUUGCUUUCGUGCAUAAAAUUAUCAGCAUUUUGAAAUGUUGAUGACUGUCAGGUUGUGGAAUUGCAUACAUGGCUGUUUGGACUGAAAUCCUUCAUAUCUUCAAUGGGUGUUUUUUUUCUUCUUCUCCCCCGCUACAUGUCAUUGGUCUGUGAUAGGUUUUAUUGAUGCACUUUAAACCACUCCCGGCUUAUCUUGAUUUGAGAUUAAAGAAAGGCCCAAGAGGCUUUGACAAUCCCCCUUGCUGAUUUGGCUGUGAACUUUUAAUCUAGAUUGUUUCAACAGUAGCUCAGAUUGACUCCCCCACCCAGCUGCCUGAGGCCUCAAUUACAAAAAAAAAAAAAAAAAAAAAAAAAUCUGUAACUGUACAAUUGUUUCAGAGAAUAUGUUGGCAAAAAUUUGCAUAUAUCAUAAUUGACAGUUGUGUAGAAAGUAGCAAAAAAAAAGAAAUCAUGCUCUGUUUUUUUGCAUCUUUUUUUGUUUUUUCUUUUUAAAUUUACCUUGUAAUUUGGACAUAAUCUGGGUAACGUUUUUUUUUUUUUUUUAAUUAUUAUUAUUAUUAUUAUUAUUAUUGAGGCUCUACAUUAGAGACCACAAGGGAAUCUGUGAACAGGUUUUGCUUUUCGUAUACACACCUCUAGAUUUGAACACUUUCACAAGGCACUAAUUUAGGCAAUAAAUUAAUGCCAGCAUCCCUAAGCUGCCCACAAGCAACAGAUAACAGCAACUCAGCCCAUUUCUUCAAUUCUUCUCUCUUCCAUUUUCAAACGGCUGCUUUUAAAGGAAACACUGAACUCUCGGCUCGCGCCCCCUGAAUGAAGUGACCACUUGAUCCUGCUGAAAACCCGCUCAACUUAGCAGAUUCUUCGUCCUUUUACUGCCUUUUUUAACAUGGAGGUGUGUGGAGGUUUAAAGUGCACUACAGAGAAAAAUGUCUAUUAUAAAUAUUGAUUAAUGUUAUUAUUAUGAUUUAUUGUUUGCAUUAAUUUGCCUUUGUUCUGUAAUUAAUAAAAUACUGGCCAGACUGUU